AUGGACAUCCUCGUGCGCGGCAUUCCUGUCCAGACCACCGAGUCUGCACUGCGCGACUUUUUCAAGCCCGUGCUGGAGGAGUUUGCCAUCCUCAUCUUCAAUUGCAAAAAGACCAAGAACAAACCAAUCGCCAUCCUCACCAUCGCCGAUUCUGCAAAGGCCGAGUUGUUCUUGAAAAAGUACAGCCAGGCCCAGUCGCUCGUUGACUUCGAGCCCUUGCUGUUCAUCAACAAGCCCCUGAAAUGCAGCGCCGGCGCAUACAAGCCCGAUGAGAUUAUUCUCAAGGCAUUGCGCUACGAAGAGGAGGAACUACUGCGCAAGGCUAACCGCAAAGCCAGACGGCUCCCGAAUCCCGACAAUCCGCCUGACCAGCCUCUGAUCGUGCUGAAACGGCCAAGGCUGCAGAGAGCCUUUGACUUUUCAAGUCUUUGGUGCGGUGUCUGGGACUACAAUGGGUCCCAGGCAGCCUUUGCCCCUCAUUUCCAGGACACCAGGCGGGGUACUAUCAUGUUUGGCAAAAGAACUUUAGCUAUGGUCCUACGCGCAGACGGCUGGGUCACCUCAACCUGUCGAGUUGACAUCCCGUACUGGAGCAUCGAUACUGCCGUCACCUGUUCACAACUGAACAAAGUCACUUUCACCCUGAAGUUCGCACCCCGCGUCUAUCAGCUUCAAGACGGCCUAGAGGGCUUGAUGAGUGGCCUGGGCAUCAGCGCUCCAAACAGCCGUCGGAACCAGAGAUUCUAUCGCACUCGAGUUUCGGCCAUUGACGAGUCGCACGAGCUGGUCAUAAGUAGCUGCUUCGUCUAUCAGAUCACGCUUUCGAACCCUGCCGAUGUGUCCAAGCUCGACUUCCUUCUCCGCAAAAGCCCGGGCAUGCCUCCGGCACUUAGUCUUCCGACUUCGUAUACUCAAGCCUACGUUACAUUCAAGCAGGACUUCGAACGGCUCAAGGGGCUUAUCUACGCCGAAGGCCAGUUCGGCAGCUUGAAAUACUCUGUCAAAUUCCAGCUUGAACGGCUGGCGAGGAAUGCAUACCUACCGCCUGCAAAGGUCGUCUCUCUACUUCCAACAAUCAAGCGACUUUCAGGUCAGUACGGCCACGUACGAGCCGCCAUGGCCAUUCGCAUGCUUUCCCGACAGAUCCAGUUUCCCGGUCCUCAUCUGGACCCGGAAAAUUUCGACGUCAAUUACCUGGCCAGAGAACUGGCCAAGAACGCGAAAGACUUCAAGAUCGAAGGCUCCAUCUACGACGUUAAAACGAGGCAUAACCAUAUCGCGCUGAUACAUCGAGUCGUCAUUACACCUGCUGGCACAUAUCUGGAGGGCCCUGAACCUGAAGUAAGCAACCGCGUCCUCCGCAAGUAUCCAGAACAUACCGAUCACUUUCUACGCGUACAAUUUAUGGAUGAAGACGGAGACGCCAUCCGUUACGAACCGAAAACCAGCCUCUAUGAAAUCUUCCAUACCCGCUUCAAGUCAGUUCUUGACGGCGAGAUUAACAUCGGAGGACACGGCUUCCAGUUUCUGGGCUUCUCCCACUCUUCUCUACGCUCCCAAACCUGCUGGUUCAUGUCGCCCUUUGUGCAGGUAAAUAGCUUCAUCGCCGCUCCCGAAGUCAUCAAGGGUCUGGGAGACUUCUCGAAGAUCAGGUCUCCGGCCAAGUGUGCCGCGCGUAUUGGCCAAGCUUUUUCGGAUACAUCUGGCACGGUCACGGUCAACGAGAAGAUCAUUACGAUGGUCAAAGAUGUGUUCAACGACCAGAAUUACAUAUUCAGCGACGGAGUCGGCAAGAUUUCCUACAGGUUGCUGAAGAGGGUGUGGAAAGAAUACCAGCAAGCCCGUGGGCAAAGACCGACUUGUCUUCAAAUACGUUUCGGAGGUGCCAAGGGUGUUGUCGCAUUGGACUACAGGCUGCAGGGGGAGCAAUUGGUCCUUCGGCCAUCCAUGGUCAAAUUCCACGGCGCCGGCACGUGGAACAUUGAGAUCUGCGGUGCGAACUUCAAACCGCUGCCCAUGUAUCUGAAUCGUCAAUUCAUCAAGAUACUCGAGGAUCUCGGCGUACCUGACCAAGUUUUCCUGGAGCUACAAAGCAACAUGGUUGAACAGUUGCGCCGAAUUACCAAAUCUCCCGUCAACGCCGCUUCCUUCCUGGAGCAUGUUCGAGUUGGUCAAGCCACGAAGAUGCCUUAUCUGGUCCGAAUGCUUGACGAUCUGGGCUUCUCUUUCAACGAGGAUGAUUUCCUGUCUCAUGUCGUCGAAAUCGCCGCGCUGUCACAACUGCGUGAUAUCAAACAUCGCGCUCGAAUCCUCGUCGACAGGGGUGUUACACUGUAUGGCAUCAUGGAUGAGACUGGGUACUUGGGUGAAGACGAGAUCUACUGCGUGAUCGAGCGGAUGGGGGACAACGGUAAACCCAAGCGCACCGUAAUCUGUGGAGGCGAAGUCAUCGUCACACGUUCUCCGGCCAUGCAUCCUGGGGAUGUACAAAAAGCCCGCGCAGUCGAUGUACCCGAGGAUUCGCCUCUGCAAGCUCUGUCAAACGUUGUCGUCUUCAGUUCUCGAGGCCGACGAGACCUCCCGUCGCAGCUCAGUGGCGGUGACCUUGAUGGCGACCUCUACAACGUAAUCUUUGACAAGCGUUUGAUGCCCAGGAUCACAUACAUGCCAGCGGACUACAAGAAAGUUCCCCCUCUUGAUAUCGGAAGACAUGUCACGAAGCAGGAUAUCACGGAUUUCUUCAUCAAGUUCAUGGAGACGGACCAGCUGGGGCGCAUUUCGAAUAUCCACAUGCAACUGGCUGACCGACGGCCAAACGGCACGCGAGAUCCCGAUUGUCUCAAGCUGGCGGAGAUGGCUUCAACUGCCGUGGACUUUUCCAAAACGGGCAUUCCGGUCGACAUGACUCAAAUUCCCCGCAACGACAUGAUUCGCCCCGACUUUAUGGCUAGCGGCCCGCGUGUCAUCGUUGAGAAGAGAGGUGCCGUCUUCCAAGACGACGAGGAGGAUGACCUCCUGGACGAAGACGACGCAGUUGGCGCGCUCGAUCCGGAUUUCAAAACGUUCCGCUACUACGAAAGCGAUCGCGUACUUGGCCAGCUGUAUCGCGCUAUCGAUGAGAAGAAGAUCUUCCAAGAGAUGCAAAGGCAUGCUUUGGGGACGAAGAGCCAUCUGGGUGGGCUGAACCUCAUGGACCAAGUGUGGGCUUAUGUCCUGCGCGAAACGGCGCUCAUCCAAUGGGAAGAAUACAAGCUGCUGGCUAGGAACAUCAAAGAGACAUACGAGUCAAACCUCCUCGACAUAAUGUCCGACUACUCGACGCACCCGCAAUACCCGCUCUCCGAACUCGAAGUUUUCGGCGGCAACAUCAUCGGCAAGAACAGCGGCGCGCAGAACCGCCGUACGAAGGAACGCACCAUGGAGAUGAACGCGCGCUUCGAGCGCGACGUGACCUUCACCGUGGAGCGCAUCACGCAGGGCGACGACGGCGACCGUGACGAGGCCCUCGCCCGCGCCAUCGCUUGUUUGGCUGUCGGCAUGACCGAAGCGCGCAAGGUCGGCAAGCGCGUCGGUGAGCUGCGCAGCUGGAAGUACGUCGCUGCUGCUGUGUGCUUGAGGGAGAUUGAGCUGUUCAAGAUCAGGUUCGAUCCGUUGAAUAGGAUCUGA